AAACACAAGUCCUUGCCAAAGCGAAAAAAAAAAAAGAGAAGCGGAAUUGAAAUUAAAAUAUGAAAUCAAGCAAUUUUGCGUACUUUUUCCACUCCCUCUCCGCAUAAACGCAAACCAGAGCCAUUUUUGUUGGGUUCUCUGCCUCUACGUGUUCCUCAUCCAAUCGGAAAAGGUUGCCAUUUCGAGCUCUGAGUAAACCCUAGCACACAGAUCAGCAGCAAGUAGAAGAGAUUCGCGCAUUUCACCAUGGAUUCAGCAGCUCGACGAACCAGUGGAGGCGUAUUCGAAGGGCUUUACAGGGUCAUUAUGCGCCGUAACUCCGUCUAUGUCACAUUCGUCAUCGCCGGCGCUUUCCUCGGUGAGCGGGCCGUGGAUUAUGGAGUUCAUAAGUUGUGGGAGUACAACAAUGUUGGGAAACGAUACGAGGACAUUUCAGUUUUGGGGCAAAGGCCAUCGGAAGAAUGAGCUAUCAACUCUCCUCUUUCAUUAUUUCAUAGUUUUCGUUCUUUUCAAAAGCUGGAGUAUGCAAUCAUGCCCUAUAUAGAAAUUCUUAUUUUUGUAAUAAAAGUUUGAAUGGACCGAACUAUUCAUCGAACGUGUUCAAUUCGAUUGGGUGUUUCAAGUGCUGAAUCAGUUCUGCAUGGCCACAUUGGCUCGAACAAUGGUUUUCUAAGGUUUUAUUCACUUCAGAGUCCAGUAUUAUUAAUUUUCUGGGCUCCGUAUUUC